AUGAACGGCGAGGAGCAGUACUACGCAGCCACGCAGCUUUACAGGGACCCGUGUGCGUUCCAGAGGGGCCCGGUGCCAGAGUUCAGUGCCAGCCCCCCUGCGUGUUUGUAUAUGGGCCGCCAACCACCGCCGCCGCCGCCCCCGUUCCCCGGCGCCCUGGGAGCGCUGGAGCAGGGGAGUACCACUGACAUCUCCCCAUACGAGGUGCCCGCCCUCCCCGACGACCCCGCGGUGGCCGUGGCGAACCUACACCACCACCUCCCUGCUCAGCUCGCGCUCUCCCACCCGCCUGCCGGACCCGGGCCCUUCACGGAUGGAACGGAGCCAGGGGCCCUGGAAGAGCCCAGCCGCGUUCAACUUCCAUUCCCGUGGAUGAAGUCCACCAAAGCUCACGCGUGGAAAGGCCAGUGGGCAGGCAGCGCCUACGCGGCCGAGCCCGAGGAGAACAAGCGCACGCGGACCGCCUACACGCGCGCGCAGCUGCUGGAGCUGGAGAAGGAGUUCCUGUUCAACAAGUACAUCUCGCGGCCGCGCCGCGUGGAGCUGGCCGUGAUGCUGAACUUGACCGAGAGGCACAUCAAGAUCUGGUUCCAGAAUCGCCGCAUGAAGUGGAAAAAGGAGGAGGACAAAAAGCGCGGCGGCGGCGGCGGGCUCGCGGCCGGGGGCGGUGAUUCCCAACCUGCCUGCUCUGCUCGGCACACUUCGCGCGGAGUGGGCUCGCGGAGCGCCACGCGCGAGCUCCGGUACUGGUCCGUGCCAAGACCCGAUGGAGCGCUCGCGCGCCCUGCACUAACGCCCGCGUCCAAGCCGCCGAGCCGCGGAUCCCAGGAAGGGCUCCUCACCGCCACACCCUCUCGCGGAAGCCGCCGACCUUCUGGAAUCCAGAAGUACGAAACUGGUAUCACCGGACCCCAGCGAGGUGCCUGCGGGACUGCAGGGCAUAUCCGGGCCUGCUUCCCCCAAGCUUCCGGUAGCUGUAUCGCCUGGUCAAGGCCGCAUCUCCAGGUCUCUGUACUCAUGCGGGUCACUGUCUUCACACGUUCGAAGCCUUCCCACGCUUUCCCACCCCACUGGGGAAACCCGGGCGCUUGCCCCCCUGGUGAUCGCUUGCACAGUUGUAGCGGGUUGCCUCGGCUGCUGCUGCGGGGGUGCGUGAGGGACCCCGGCGAGCUCGCUCUCCCUCCCUCCCGUCCUGGGCCGGGCGCCUGCUCCUCUCCCGCCGCGCUCUCGGCGCCCAUCUCCCGCCACCUCGCAGCCGUGAGCAGCUACUGUGCGCGCCCGACCUUUGCCACCUCUGUCGCUGCUGCGGCCGGAGGAGGAGGAGGAGGAGGAGGAGGCGCAGAGGCCUCAUUCUGGCUUCUCUGCUUCCGGAACCGACCCCGAAGUCAAGUCCGCGGCUCGGAAGGAACUGCCCGAGGAGCGUCCUGCAUGCAGGAGGACUGGCCGGGCCGCGCUGGAGAGCGGAGGGCGCAGGGGCUGGAGCUAGGCUCUCCGCCGCUACUGACAGUAACUCUGCGAAGACCUGACCUUUCUCCCCCGGCGUCCACGAAGCAGGAAGCCGAGGGCAGGGGUGCGGGAGGGCGUGGCAGGGAGCGAAGACCUUGA